AUGCCAUUGCUUGACCUCCCGCCGGAGGUGAUGGACCUCAUCAUUCGCGCUCUCUCGUCAGAAGCAGACAUCAACGCGCUGGCUCAAACAAACCGAGGCUUCCACGCUCUCCUGAACCACUACCUCUACUCUGUCAACAUCCACAACGGCGGCUCUGGACUAGUAUGGGCUACCCGCAAAAGACAAAUACGGGCAAUACAAAAAUUUCGGAGCAGCGGCGAUAUCGACGAGAUACAUACUAGUUACACUUUCGAGGCAUUCCUACUCCUGAUUGAGGACAAUGACUUGGCCACGGUGCAAGUUUUGGUUGACCUUGGUUUCGUCCCAGACAUCCCAGAUCUUCUAAGUUUGGCAGUGACCCUUGGACAUGAGGAUAUGGUGCGGUUGCUAAUCGCCUCGGGUACUAAUCCCACCUGCCCCUACGCUCUCGCCGAGGCUGUUACUUCUGAUAGGGUCUCUAUUGCAACCUUCCUGCUGGAGAGUGGUGCAGAUGGACACCAUCGGCACUAUGACGAUGGCGUCACCCUGCUGCAUGUGGCUGCUCAGGCUGGUUAUGAGACCAUGGUCAGACUUCUACUGGACCACGGUGCCUGCCCAAGGGGCCGCAACCAUCGCCAAGAGACUCCAAUCCAUCUAGCAAUGGCCGAGGGCCACGCCGGUGUUGUGAAAAUUCUUCACGAAGAAGUAAUGACAACCGAACCACGCGACUCAGAUGGCCGCACGUUUCUACAUGUGGCAGCUCUUGCUGGCAGCGUGGAUAUGGUCAAGUAUCUGCUCCAUCACCGCGCCGAUCCAGAAGCGCUCACCAAUCAGCUGGAAACGCCUCUGAUGCUAGCAUCGCAGGGUGGCUGCACAGAGGUCGUCAAGCUUCUCCUUAACAAGGGGGUAUUGACUGAAUUAAGUGAUCACGGUGGCUGGCGCGCAUUGCAUCAUGCGGCGCGUGGCGGACACGAUGAUGUACUGCGGGUUCUGCUGGAGCAUGGAGUGAACAAACAGCCCUUGAGCACAUCGACUCCUCCGGAGACGCCGCUUCAGCAAGCUGCACUGGAGGGACACCUGGGUGUUGUGACGCUUAUGCUUGAAUACGGAGUCGAGGUAGACCCGGAUGCCCUAGAAACUGCUAAUGUAAAAGGCCACCAGGCUGUGGUCGAGGUAUUGGAAAAUUGGGGGAGGUGA